UUUUAAGUAACGUCAUUUCCCGGAAGCGAAACUAUCGCAACACGGAAGUGAAGGAAAGAAAACAAAUAAUCGUUUAAAAAUUUGUCUCGAGCUGAAGUCGGAGAAAAACACCUGAACACCUGGAACACCUGGAUCAACGUCUGUCCGCGCGCAGCACACGGCACGAUGGAUUUCCUGUUCGGGAGGAGGAAGACUCCGGAGGAGAUGCUCAGGCAGAAUCAGAGGGCGCUCAACCGAGCCAUGAGAGAGCUGGACCGAGAGCGAAUGAAGCUGGAGCAGCAGGAGAAGAAGAUCAUCGCCGACAUCAAGAAAAUGGCCAAACAAGGACAGAUGGACGCCGUCAAGAUCAUGGCUAAGGAUUUGGUCCGCACGCGGCGCUACGUCAAGAAGUUCAUCAUGAUGAAAGCCAACAUUCAGGCCGUGAGUCUGAAGAUACAGACGCUCAAGUCCAACAACAGCAUGGCGCAGGCGAUGAAAGGCGUCACCAAGGCGAUGGCCACCAUGAACAGACAGCUGAAGCUGCCUCAGAUUCAGAAGAUCAUGAUGGACUUUGAACGACAGAGUGAAAUCAUGGACAUGAAGGAGGAGAUGAUGAACGACGCCAUCGACGACGCCAUGGGCGACGAGGACGACGAGGAGGAGAGUGACGCCAUCGUGUCCCAGGUGCUGGACGAGCUGGGUCUCAGUUUGACCGAUGAACUGUCAAAUCUCCCAACCGCCGGAGGAAGCUUGUCGGUGGCUGGAGGGAAGAAGGCCGAGCCGCAGGCCGCCCUGGCUGACGCAGACGCCGACCUGGAGGAGAGGCUGAACAACCUGCGGAGAGAUUAAAACACACUGUAACUGUCAGAGGAGCACGCUGUCGGCUGGAGUUAAUACAGAUACAAAACAUACUCGAAUCUCUGUGUUUUAGAUUCUUACGAAGGUAAAACUGGCAACAAAACACUAUCUGUUCCAGCAAACAGUCUGUGUUAUAAAGGUGUAUGGCUUUCUGUUUGACGUGUUUUCAUUUUGUGUGUGUGUGUAUUAUGUAUUUUAUCAACAAGAACCCAACAAGGAUCAUUAAGCCUUAAAGGGUCGAGCAAAUUCUUGCCAAAUCACCCAAAUUCUCUGGAAGUAAAACGUGUAUUUUACAGUCCAUGUAAAUACUAACACCUCGAGAUGUUUUCACAAUUUAAAGGAACACUAAAGAGCCCAAAUCACAGUUGGUAACAGACAUGAGUUGAUGUUUUAUACACAAAUGUCAGCGCUUUUUGUACAUCAGGCUGGUUUGAUGCUAUUUGUAGCCACAUCAUCACGUAGAAAACACAAAGUUUCAGCCCUGACAUAUGUUUUCUGAUGCCUUUUUUUAAAUUUUUGUUUAUUUCCGGGAGUUGUCGGGGGGCCAGCUGAAGACGGUGUGCAAAGUGUGUCAGCAUCUUUUCUGUCUGAAUUAACUAAUAGGACGGUUUGUUUUACAAAAAUGUAUAAAGAGAGAGAGGUUUGUCCCGCUGACUCUUCACCAGUGGAAAGAUGCUCCUGUUUGUCAGCAGGAUUUUCACCAAAAUGUUCAUAAGGAGUCGGUGUUUCUUUUUUAUUUUUGAGAAACUGUCCUGUUUGUUUCGCUUUUCUUUAUUCAAUAAACUUUUUUUUUCCAGAUUUAA